CAUUGGCUAUAUUGGCGCUCAAAAUAUUAAUAGCGCUUAGCGUACAUAAAACGCAUCGAUAUUAUUGUCAUUUAGUUUAUUGUGUUUUUUGAUAAUUGUUUGUUUGUCUCAAUUAAAUUACCGAAAUAUGGCCACUCCUUUGCCGAAGUUGACCGCCGGUGCCAUCGAAAAGAUCGAGAAGAACGAACACGUGGACCGAGCGAUACUUCAGAUAAUGUUAUACAAACAGAUGAGCCAACAGUCGACUCAAGUGAAGUACAGAUUUCAGUUGAGUGAUGGCCAACAAAACGGCAGUAAUUUUAUUGUCGUUGUGCCCGAACUGAUCCGUAAAAUAGAAAAGGGAGACUUUGAAAAGUUUACGGUCGUUGAGCUGACCAACUAUGCCAUUAACAAUGGACUGCAAGUGGGGCGACAGAUUAUUAUCAUCAAUGAUAUGAAUGCUCUAAUGGCGGGUUCAAAAAUUGGCCACCGAUUGGACUCUAAGGAUCAAUCUGUUGGUCUUCUGUCGAAUGUUACUAAUAAUCACAAUUCAAACGCUAACAUUCAAUCGACCCGUUCAGACAUGAAUAAGCCGUUCAACACAUCACUUCCAGCAUCUUCUUCUAAAAUGAAUACCAGUAACGGUGGUAAUCGAGCAAACAUUUGUCCCAUUAAUGCCAUUACUCCUUAUUUCAACGCAUGGCUUAUCAAAGGCCGAGUAACAGCAAAGACGAACAAAAGAAAUUGGAGUAAUGCUAGAGGAGAGGGCUGUGUCUUCUCGUUUGAUGUCACCGAUUCCUCCGAUGAGAUUAGGGUCAAUGGAUUCAAUAAAGAAUGCGAACGAUUUUUCGAUUUAAUCCAAUUGAAUAAAGUCUAUUACAUAAGUAAAGGAACAGUUAAAUCGGCAAACAAAAAGUUUUCUAAUUUGGCCAACGAUUAUGAAAUUUCAUUGACGUCGGACAGUAUUGUCGAAGAAUGUACUGACGUAGCCGUUGAAGACAUUCCUAGAAUGAGAUAUCGAUUCGUCCAAAUACGAGAUCUGGCUAACGUCUCAUUACAAUCGGUUGUCGAUGUGAUUGCCAUUAUUAAGACAAUGGAAGAGUGCACAACAAUCGUCAGCAAAAAGACAAACAAAGAGAUGACAAAACGUGACAUUUAUUUAGUAGACAAUACUUCAUAUGAGGUGCGCUUUACUCUAUGGAAUGAGUCGGCACAAGAGUUUACUGGACAACUAAAUGAAUUGAUUGCCAUUAAGGGCGCUCUUGUCGGUGACUACAACGGUCGUGUCUUAUCAGCUGUUCAGAGCACAUCCUAUCAGAUUGAUCCCGAUAUACCCGAAGCAAAUAUUAUUAGAGAAUGGUAUCUAAGAGACGGUCAAAACGCGACAACAAACGCUUUGAGUCGGGCCGGCGGUGAUCAGGGAAAUAAGGAUAAGGAUUGGAAAUAUAUGUGUCAAAUCAAUGACCAGUCUAUUACUCAAGACGCUCGGAUCUACUUCAACUCGAGAGCCAAAAUCGUACAAACAGGACGACAACCACUGUAUAGAUCUUGUGGUCAAAAUGGUUGUAUGAAAAAAGUGAUGGACUGUAAUAACGGUCUUUAUCGGUGCGACAAAUGUCAGAGCGAAUCACCAAAUUUUCAGUGGAGACUGAUUUUGUCUGUUGUAUUGAGCGACUGUACCGGAGAGUGUUGGGUCACACUAUUCCAAGAACAGGCAGAAAAGCUAUUGGGUAUAACAGCACAGGAAUUGAGUGAAAUACAAGAAAGAGAUCCACAAGACUUUCUAAAAGCGUUGACUACCGCUGAAUUCAAACAGUAUGUCUUCAGAAUUGGCUCCAAAGUGGAAAACUUUAUGGAGGAAAGUCGUGUCAAAAAUACUGUCUUCAAUUUCACACCAGUUGAUCCAAUUAAGCACUCAAAACAAUUGAUUAACAAUAUUAAGGAAUGGAUUCCAUAAAUCAAUGGAUUUAAAUCUCUUUUUUAUAUAAAAAUUAUAUUUGAAUUAUUUGCACAUUUA